GGCUCCAUGGGCUGCACCGGCAGCGCCCUGCGCUGCUGCCCCGUCGGUGCCGAGAGACAGCUAAAAGCCCAGCAGCAGAGGGGACCGGCUUCCCAGGAGCUCACGGCCUUGAAGACAGAGAAUGCCAAUGCCUCCCUGCUUCCUGAGGAUGGGGAGAAGGCAGCGCGGCCGGAGGAGUGGACGGACAGCGCGAGAUUCCUCCAAGGCCAGGAGGAGGAGGGGAAGGAGCGGCUGCGGGAUGCUGGCCGGGCAGGCACUUCCAGCAUCUCCCAGGACAUUGAGAUCCAGGUGGAAAAGGGAAAAGAGCUGGAGCUGAAGGAACAGCUUGAUGCCCUGAGAAGAGAGCACAUGGAAACCCUGCAAGAGCUCCAGAGAGCAUAUGAGCAGGAGAAGCUGCUGCUGACAGAGUCCCACCACAGGUCUGAGGCAGCCUUACAGGAGACAAUUCAGGUACUGAAUUCCCAGCUGCAAUCCUUCCAGGAGAGGAUGAAGCGGGUGGAGGAGUCACUCUUGAGAACAGACUACAAGAAGCACAUCCAGGAGCACGGGAGCCCCAGCCCCUUCUGGGAGCAGGAGCUGGAGAGCCUGCACUUCGUCAUCGAGAUGAAGAACGAGCACAUCCACGGCCUGGACAAGAAGCUGCUGCACCUGAAGAACGUGGAGGAGAGGAACCUUCUGCUCGAGGAGAAGGUGAAAACUCUCCAGCAGGAGAACGAGGACCUGCAAGUUCGCACCCAGAACCACUUGGUCAUGGCGAGGCAGCUGUCCGAGGAGCUGCAGGCCGCCCGAGGGGCGCUGGAGAAGGAGGCGCAGCUGCUGGAGCAGGCUCGCCGGGAGAAGGAGGAGCUGCUGUACCGUGUGCUCAACGCGGGGGACGGCAGCCCCUUCCCCAUGGCUGCCGGCGAGGUGCCCCUCAUCGCCACGUAGCACCGAGGACACCGCGCUCUGCCGGGGACUGCCGGGGCUCCCCCGCAGCCCUGCGAGCCCGGGGCUGCUCCCACGAGUGCCCCCCAGUCGGGGCAGGGCUCCGGGCUGGCCGAGCCUCACGGACCGGAGUGAUGGAGCGAUUCACGGGACACUCACGCCUGCAUUUCCCCAGCCCGUGUGGGGCUGCAGAGGGACUCUGGCCCCCCACCCACGCAGUCCCUGCAGCCCUUCCUCUGGUGAGGGCUGUCUGGGGGUGAAAGGGGUCAGCCAGGACACGCAGACUUGCACUGGGCCGGACCCGACCCAGCACUUGGCUCUGAGUAUAGACAGCAGCAGGGCUGCCCCAGGGCACGAGGACGAUGAGGCCACUAGGACAGGAUGGGAACAAGCAUCAGGAGGAUGAGGAGGGCACUGAGGACAUGGUGUUAACCUCAGCAGGCAGGGCUCCCACCCAUGCCUUCCUAUUCCCAUCACCUCUACCUUCAGCAAACGUCUCCCAGGUAUUGCCCCUGCAGCUCAGGUGUGUCCCAGCUCACUGCCAUGAAGACCCCAAGCCCUACUUGUCCCUGCUGACCAUCAGCAGCACCGCCAGUCCCAUCUGCUCCCCCAAAAGCUGGACAGAGGCUGGAGCUGCACAUUCAGGGAGCAAAGCAUCCUCCCAGGAGUAUCAGGCUUUGGCACGUCACAUCCCUCUGCUUGAGCUGAUGCAUCCCCAGCAGGGAAGGUGCUGCCAGCAUGGCUGUGGGUCAGGGCCGGAUGCACACAAGCACUUUCCCCUGAGUGUGGUGGGAGUCACUGCUCUGGGGCUGUCACAGGCCUGUCCCCCUCCCAGGGCUGUUUAGCCAGGGCUGUGUGUGUGUGUGUGUGUGAGUGUGUGUGUGUGUGUGU